GAGGACAUUUAAGAUCCAGUGUGCCCAAGACGGGACAUGGCUGGAAGGAUCCUGCAUCCCUGUGACCUGUGACCCACCCCCUGCCAAGUUUCACGGGCUGUACCAUUGCACCAACGGGUUCCAGUUCGACAGCGUCUGUCAGAUUAAGUGCACAGAAGAAGACCUUCAAUCGGGUCAUGAAACUAACGUGAUCCGUUGUCGAAAGGAUGGCAACUGGAGCGGAUCCUUCCAUCUCUGCCCGGAGAUGAAAGGCCAUUGUUCCCCACCCAAACUGUUGAGUGGGGGCCUGAAGUUACAAUGCCCUGAUGGCUCCGGAAUAGGAGCUGAAUGCACUAUCUUAUGCUCGGAACAUCACACCGAGCCCAUCUUGUUACCUGCCAAUGAAACAUUACAGGACAUCCAACACUGGAUGAAGCCUCCACGAGUAAAG